UUAUCUAAAUACAGACAAUGUUUGAUUACAUCUCUCUAGUCUGCUUGUGAAAAACAUUAUCUUUGCAAACACCGUUGUUACCCUUAGGACAUAAGGAACUAUAUAUUUAUAUCCCUUCCGGGACGGAUGUAGUGAAGUAAACUGAGAUGAAAGAGCAACUCUUCAUUUUUCAGUUUCAGGAGGAAGACGAACUCAAUAGUGACUGCUUGCACACACAGAAAGUGCCAUUCAUGAUGGUGGAAAAUCAGAAACAAGAAUCGUGACAAAUCUUGUCAAUCUUUGGGUGAGCAGAUUGAAACAGGUGAGCAGUAAACACAGUUCGGAAUUUGUUUAUAGCAAUAGAUCACCUGCAAACCUUGUGGUGCCGCGGUGAUUAUUUUACACGCCAGUGAUGACGACGACGACGACGACGAUGAUGAUGAUGAUAUUAUUUGUGGCAGCAACUUCACGUUGGCGAAAGAUGGCAGCGGACGCCACUAAAUAUGAGGAAGAAAGCGAUGUGAGUGUCGAGGAAGACGACAAGGCCCGUAAUUCCUGCGACGACGACGAAAGUCGAGGUGAAUGUCUGCAGACAUCCACAACAGAGGUGGACAGAGAGGACACGAGCAGCCCAGCAAGCGAACACCCGAAAGUUGAAGAUAAACUUCUCGACUCUACCCCGUCACCAGUUGAAUCUCGAGAAGAUGAGUCUGCAGACGGAGGCGCCACCUUGUGUCCGCAAUGUCACGAACAUUUCAAAAACCCUCGCAUCCUUCCGUGCGCUCAUGUCAUGUGCCGCGACUGCGUGGUCAGCCUGCUGCAGCAGCUCCGCACCGCCUGCUGUCCGCGCUGCAACUGCUGCAUCCUCGACCCGUGCCGAGACGAUAACCGACGCGCCGAGGACAUCGCCGACGACCUGAGCGAGGACAAGUCGACAAAGUGUUAGUGGACUGCGCCACCUUUCUACAGCAAAGUCAUCCAUGCGUAUGCGACAAGCAGCAGGCGCUGUGGGUGUGCCUGCACUGCGGCGACCCCAUGUGCAGCGCAUGCGUCCAGGCGCACCGGAAGUUCUCAGUCACCAGCAGCCACGAGGUGGAAGAGUUGUCGGCGCUGUCUCCAUCGACUAUGGCCCUCCGCCGACAUCCGUCCAUCUACAAACCCCAGGACGAGACAUUGGACAUGUACUGUCGGGACCACAAGGUGGCGCUGACCUCCCGCGGUUGUGCGCGAGCACCGGAAGUGCGCCGGGGUCAUCACGCUGGAGGACGAGUGCCGAGAGAUCAACCAGACUGUCUCGGACCUGACUGCCAGCCUGUGCACCUCCAAGCAGGCAGUCCAGGAUGCUCUCCUCCGGCUGGAGCUGCACGACAAGGACGAGGAACGCAAGAUCCUGGAUUCCCUGGGCGAGGGGGAGGCGGCCUUGCGACCAGCUGGAGAAGGCCGUGGCCGACUGUCGGCGCCAGUUCAAAGAGCGAGCGAGUAAGGCGAAGGAAGAGUUGAAGAAAGCGGUGUCGGAGCGACGGAUGCUGCUGCAGGAGAAGCAGGGUCGCCUGGCAUCUCACGUGCAGCUGACCCAGCGCGUGCAGGGCAUGGGGGUGUGCGAGGAGAAGGUGCAGAUGCGCCAGGCUCUGGAGGCGCAGGUCGACUGCAGUCUGCGGACGUGUGAGGUGCCGCAGGACCUGAAGGGCAGCAACUCGCCGCUGAUCGUAGUCAACUCGGACAUUCUGCACUUCAUCAAGACGGCCAUUGGCAUUGUGGAUUAUGUGAUACCUCCAAGUCUGUCCGAAAAUUGGGAGGAAGUCGUGAACUUUAUCAAGAAUACACCGAGUAAGUUUGUCAAGACAAGAAGCUGCUUCCUUCAGAACUGGAGUCACCACCACUUCAAUCCACCCGAAAGUCCUUCGUCAGAAGUCCUGUCUGAACUCGACACACCGCAGUCCCUUGUGUCAAAAGUGUCCUGA